UUGACAUGCAGGAUAAAAAUAGCAUGAAGGUUCGUUCUGGAUGGCGGCCUGACAAACGUAAAUAGAGUAAGAACUUAGGAUUUUCAAAUGAUUUGAUUGUCUCACAAUAACCCAGCUCACCUGCCAGUGCCAGUUGUAGUCAAACCUGUGUGUGGGAAAAGUCACAUCAUGGAUGCGCUGCAUUGAAAUCCGAUCACAGUAAAAGACCAGCUCUUGUUUCCAGUACUUCCAGAAAGGCAAUCAUGCAGGCAACAAAUAGCCUUCAGGAACUGACAGUUUUCUUACAGAAAAACAGUGGUAAGAUCUUGAAUGGCCGCUGCAACCUUGCCCUGACCUCACACACCUUGGCCCACCUUAACCGCAGCUUCAGACAGUGCGAGGAGGAAUCAUCGGUGGACAGUGGAUCACAUGACCAGCACCAAUCACAUGACAGGAGAUGGCCACAGACGGUCAUGUUCCUCCUGAACUAUGUGAAGAAGACGCCUGCCCUUAAGCUGAUCCAUCCUACCAGUACUUUGCAAGGCCAAGUAGAGAUCUCUAGAUUCAUUGGCCUGACAAUGCUGGAGAUUAAGAAGGUCCCCGUGCAUAUGCUGAAUGGGCUAGGAUGCCUACGCCAUCAGCUACAGGUCCUCAUCUGUUCACGCUGUGUGCAGUCACUUCAGUUACUCCUGUGUUCGUGUGGAGGUGACAUGGUAUCAGAAGCCCCGUGGUCAUCCCUUCAUACCCUCAAUCUCAGCUAUAACUACAUUGACCAUCUCGACAAUUCACUGAGAUUGCUCCCUGUUCUGAAGAUGUUGGACCUCAGCCACAACGAGCUCAAACACACCAGAGAUUAUCUGGAGUGCCUGAGCGAGUUGGCCCAUUUGAAUCUGGGCUACAACCACCUGGAGCGAGUGCCUACCCUCGGUCUGGUGGCCAGGACAAACCUUCAGACCCUGGUCCUCAGAAACAACAGUCUAGAUAACCUGUCUGGCUUAGAGGACUACAGCAGCCUCUUGGAACUAGACCUGUGCAACAACUGCCUGUACGACGGAGCAGAACUGAGAACCCUAGGAUACCUGCACAAUCUGAGAGAGGUCAAUCUCCUUGGCAACCCGUUGGCCUUUGACCCUGCUUACAGGUCAGUAGUUAUCAGCAAGUUCCCUCCAGAGGGCGCCACACGCAAGAUGUAUCUAGAUGGUGUUCCUCUUACUAGCACAGAAAACCAGCAGAUACCCAGAGUCGGCCUGACCAAGCCCGUCUUGCGCGUCCCCUCCGAGGCUUCCUUUGACACCAGCUCCACCUUCUUAAACGAUCACUCCAGCUUUGACGAAUCGACGGACCUGGACAAGGGCAAGAGGUCAAAGGGCAAGCGGGCACCAAAGGUCCGACAGGUGUCCAUCCCCGACCAAGGGGUGCACAAGGACGAUGCCAAAUCCAAAGCGUCCGUGCUUCGGCAUUCAGACAUCGAGAAAACCAAACGGGAGCAUGAGAAGAUGCGUCAGCUGCAUGGUGCCGACUGGCUGCUGGCGUUACAGGCACCGUACCGCCAGUCAGGAGCAGACACCAGCGAAUCGGAGACUGAAAAGAUAGUAGAACGAACGCGUGAUGAACCCAAGGCUAACCGCGACAACUCGCUGGGUCCAUGCAGCAGCGGUAUCGAAAGCGAUAUCGACAGCACCAUUAACGGCAAUAUCAUAGUGCAUGCCAGCGCCGACGGCAGCAGGCAUGUCGAUAAUAUCGAUAAUACCAAAAACGACAAUCAAGGCAUUAUGGAAGAGAUCUCUGCGGUGCCGUCUUCUGAUGUUUUUCUGCCUGAGGUGAAGGCUGAUCUGAAGCGUGUGAGCACAGGGCAGACACAUGUUCUCUUGGAGCAGAAAAAUUCCAAGCCAUCAAUAUUUCUGGAGAGGAUAGCGUCAGAUUCGGAUGCUGCUUUCGAGAGUCCCUGGAUAGAAGGGACACCUGAAGAGGAGGAGCAUGAGCUGUGCAGUCCUCUCCUAGUCACCGUACAAGAGUCCAACCAGGACGACCCUGUGCAUCUCUUCUUAACUGUCAGAGAGACCCACCUGGAGGAGAAAAACUUGAACGGUCACGUGACGGAGAGACUAGAGAUCAAAUGCCUCAAGGGCAUGCAGGAGAGUAUUGAGCCCGUCUGGAAUGAGGAGGCAGGGGUCAACGACCUCUUGCCGGUCAUUAACCUGACGUUUGAUUACAUGAGGAGAGAUCGCAAGAAACGAGAGUACAUUCUAGAGGAUCAGGAAAGUUUUCGGAUAUUAAGCAAGACCCUUCGGCCAUUUCUGGAGGAGAACCGUCUAGCAGCCACCACUCAUCAGAAGGCCAUGUUCCAAUGCCUCAAGUGCUCCACAGAGUUUGCAGGGCAUCAGGCUAAGAGAAAACUCCCCGCCCAACAGGGUACCAUCCGAGGCAAUUACAACUCGGAAGGGGAGGGCAAUGGUGUGUGUCCUUUCUGCGAUAGUGAAUUAAUUGUGGAACUCGAGAACCCUGCCUCACCAAGCAACCAUACAUCUAUUGUAAGCACGCCCACAGGGUCCCUUAACUCGCUGGAAAUGAACCUCAGACCCAUGGCAUCUUCUUCGCCAUGGAAAGUCAAGGAUAAGGAUUCUGUAUUACUGUCAUCAACUGAGAAAAGCCGGAGCGGUUCGUCCACCGAGUACCACAGCGCUGCCAACUCCCUCUCCUCCAGCCCAGGACAAGGGAUGACAUUUGGGCAGGCCAUCAGCUCGUCGUCUUCAGGCACCUCCACGUUGGUCAAUAGCUCCAGUUUGAUUGCUACGUCCACGAUAAAGCGGGAGAGGCACAUCACCGAGGAAUCGAUUGAGGACAACGGGAGUGCGAUGUCGGCUACCUCGGAUCAGGACACGGCUCAGGAGAGCAACUUUGCCCUGCCCGACCCGACCAUCAGAAUGAGCCGGGGAGAUGAGACCAACCCUUUAGAGAACAUCUCCACUUACCAGCAUGAGAAGCUGCGGGAGCUGCUCCAGGAGAACAUGGCUCCAUUCAGCCAGAAGUAUUCCCUGGUGCCUCCUGACAUCCUGGAUGGGGUGAGUAGCAGGGAAGUCUCAGGGGCCACUACGCCUAGGUCUGGAGAGACGUCCAACCCACCAUCAAGAAAUGAGAUCGACAACGCUGUGAAUUCACCUGCAGAAAGAAUUGACAAUGACAAAACUAGUCAGCCCCAAGAAGACCGUAUGAGGACUAAGUCCAAGAGCAAUUCUUCUACAACACUGAAGCAACACAGAAAUGACACUCCAGAUAAAAUUCAAAAUCGUGGCAGUAGACCCUGUAGUGAGGACGAUAUCGUCAUCUUGCCAGCAGAGAAAUCCAACCACGAGAGACUGGAGGUGAGUUUCAACGGCUCUAAUGACAGCACCCAGGAUACCCCUUCCUACGACACGGUUUCAGGCGUCGGACGUGCGGGCAGCACCGACAGCGAAAUAGCUGUCCUCCGAAACAACAGCAUCGAUGCUGUCAGUAUCAACUCGGACUCGGUCUUUGACACCAGUCUAAACGCGGCGCCAACUAAUCUUGCCAAUGCUCUAAGUGAUGCCGCCAGCAAGCCAGAUGCAACGAACUCGUCACUGACACCAACCAUUGAUGAGCCCCAUGCUGAAAUCGAAACCUCAGGAGUGCCUUCAAGAGAUGUCGGGGAGAAGACUAAGCAUGAAAAUCUUGACAGGAAUGGUAGGAAGUCCCCAACCAACAAGCCAUCCAGUCAGAAGACAUCGCCGAGCAAAGAGAGCUCUUUGAACUCAUCGUUAGAGGCCAGCGUCAGUCUGAGCAUGCCCAGAAAGCACUCCAUGUUGGAAGCAAUAGACAGUGAUUUCACCAACGUGGACCAUCGGCUCAAGCUGUACUUCUCCAUGUCAUUGUUCAGCGGCAAGGAAGAACUUGCUUGCAUGAUAAAGUGUGGCAUAUUCCAGUUCAGCAAGUCAGCAAACUUCUCAGGUCUUUUAGUCGUCUCGACUCAAAACAUCUACAUCAUGAGGAUCAGCAGGGAGGAAAGUGAGAAGCCCUCUGAUUGGCUGGCCAAGAGAUCCCAGCAUUCCGUCCGAGACCUCCUCCACAUCCACGUGGGUCCCGGCAGCCAGAGUUUCCAGCUAGACUUCAACAACGAGGGCAUCCUGUACACCAUCGUCCUGCGGGAUGAGGAGAUGUGCGAGGCGUUUGUGUCACAGUUGGAAAAGGCCAUCCAGCGAGCCCCGAUCGGCAAGAAGCGACGCUUCAAGGGCGUGGCCAGGGACCACCCCAACACCCUGAUGAACAUCAUGAGCCAGGUCUUUGGCGAGUCCAUGGACGAGGGGGUAUUGGAGAGGGAAAGUGAGAUCAGCCUGUACAUGCUGGCCUACCAAAAGACCACCAAGAGUGUCAAGCGAGGUUUACUACGUCUGGAUCGGAAAAUCUCAAGCAGUGCCCCAAAAACGAUGGCCCUUGACCUCGUGCCAGUCAGUAUCGUGGUGACCCCAUCUGACCUCUACCUGGCUGAGGAGAACCACUGGUGGCCGCUGAGACAGACCAAGACCAAAGGCCAAACAAAGCUGCCGCAGUUCACGCUAAAGGACCACCACACAAUCACCGAUGUUGGCGAAGUGGAGCUGUAUGAAGAUUCACCGUCAGAUAUAUCCAUUACGUUUUUCCACGAAGACACCGCAGACCAGUCUCACUGGCACAUUUCCACUGAGAACACCUCCUCCUUGUCCCGCCUCCUGGACGCCAUACAGACUCCUUGGAAGGACAUGUUUGGGGUGGAUCUCAAGCAGACAGUUCAUCCUACAUUGACAGUUGAGGAAGAGUUUCUGGACUGACACCAGUAUUGUUCGGUCUGUGCAAUAGUGGAAGAGUGUAAUUUCUCCAGGACUCAGCUGCCCAUUCAAAAUGCCAACAAUUGGAGGGCAAUUGUGAAGUUUAGUACAACUCGUCUGUCCAGUAUUACAUGUGCAACCUCAGGCAAUCUUCUCUUAAUUGUAUUGACCCACCUUUUUUGGGGGGGGGGGAGAAAAUGUGAUUUUCAUACCUGAUUUUCCAGUAGUGAGCAUGUGAUUCAAUACUCCAUGUAAUUUCCCUCAAAAAUCAAACCCUGCCCUCUUUCCACAAAAUUUAUCCUGCCGAUAUUCAACAUUGUGUCAUGGUCAUCUACUUUACAGGGGAGUCCAAAAGGUUCAAAGUGGAUUUUCAUGCUUAUAUAGGAAUGGGAUCCUAAACUUCACAGUUCCCAACUGGAGGAGUUGUUGCCAGUUGAACAGUGCAAAUUUGCUCUUUUUUUUUUUUGUAUGAGGGGUGGAGUGGUAGCCAUUGUGGACAGACUAGGCCUCUGUAGGAUGUUGAAGUGCAUGGGUCUUAAAACAAAACCUGUAUGUUAUCACCAGCAUUACAUUGAGUUUCAGGUUCAUAGGAUGUGAAAGGCACAAGUUGACCAGUAAUGGUUGUCCAUAAACGUUGCGCAUGUGCUGAGGAGAAAACACACAGGCUGCCUGUAAGCAUUAAAUCAGAAGAAAGUUUGCACGAGAAAAAAUCAACUGCAAAGUUUAUUUCAUGUUUUAUGCAGCAUGGCCUGUGAAUAUUCAGAUGCAAAACAAGUUUUUUUUAUAUAUAUAAAUAAAUAUGUAAAACUGGCCAACAUUUGGUUUGAAUUAUGAUGUUUUAUUAUUAGAUUCAACGAAAUGUAACCCUGCACUUAAUAAGGCUUGAAAAAGCCUGUCUUGUUGGGACUUUUCUAUCACAAGUUUUACAUUUUUGACAAGGAAGAUUUAUCAAGGUACACUGUAAAGUAUGACAAUUAGUUAAGUCUUGUGAAGUAUACAUUUAUAACGAAAGAAAUGCAUAUACCCCAUAUAAUUGUAUGUGAAAUAAAAACAAAUACAAGAGCAUGUAUUUCUUCAAUGCAUAAACUUUAUACAAAAAGUAAAUACAAUUAAAGAACCUUCCUAAAUCUAACAAUAAAAUGUAAAUUUGUAAGAUGAAAUUUGUAAAAUAAAUGAAAUGAGUUGAUGAAAAGGGUAGUAUAUUUGCUAACGUACACAGAUACUUAAAUUACUAUAAAGUAAAACAGAUACAUAGACCAAUACUUUGAAAUAAUGUUUGUUUGCAGUGAACGUCGUUUCAUGUGUUAUUCAUAACGUCUGCUUUUUGGAAAUUCACGAAAGUUAUCUUGUAAUUUAUAUAUCUUGAGAAUGUUUUCUUUGCUGGAAAAAGCAACGAAAGUAGCAGAACUCCUAAUUUAGAACUCUUGGAUUGUAUGAUUCCAUUGAAAACAAUGUUAUUGCAAAAUAUAAUUCAAACAUUUUUAACAAGUUAACGAAACGGCCAUGACUUUUUACUGUUCUUUGUAAAAAGACAUUAGUUGUGAGUUAUUUCCCUAUUAAUUUGGGAAGUGUGUAAGAUUCACUUUAUUUAACAAGACAAUGCAAAAUGUUGUAAAAGUGGUUACAAAACAGUAACUAUUGGACCAUGCGCUUUAAAACAAUCUACAUCAGUUCAUAAAGUACAAACGUAACUUGAACACGUGGAUUUGGAUGAUGUAGGAAGAACAGGUUUAUUAUUGAAAUUGUGAUAACCUACUCCAUUUAUAUGCCUAUAUUUUGUCAGAAAUAUUUGACCUUUUCUUUGAAUUUAA